AUGGCUCUGAAGAGGUACAGGCCAGCGGGAGAGGAGAAGAAGAUGAGCGGGGAUAAGUAUGUUGUGACUGGUUGGACGGUGGCCAAGCGCAAGAAAUACUCCGAAAACGGCAGAGAUCCUUGUCUGAAGAAGAUGAUGGAUAAUAUCAAGAAGGGAAUGAUUAUGGCACGGGCCGAACUUUUUGAGUGCUUAAACCCAACUGAAAACCUGUGA